CUGAGAAAAAUUUGCCCGCUAUACAUGACUAAUAUAUAAUUACGACAACUAUGAUAAUAAUAAUCAAUAAUAAUUUUAUAACAUUUUAGCCAGAGCAGGACCCACCUCAUCGAAGAGCUCCUCAGUGAGGUUUAGCACCUCAAAAAAAGGAAAUGUAAAAAUAUCUGACGAGGUUAAAAGUGAAAAACAUCUAGAAAUAUGUGGAUUUGAUUUGGCAUGUAUGCAUACAAAUGUACAAAUGAAUUACUUCAAAACUCGAGUUUCAACCGUUAUUUAUGAGGUAAUCGCAUCAUUACUCAGUUUGUUCCAAUAAUCAAUACUUCUGUAUGUAAAGCGUCGUUUAUCCCAGUUUGUGUUGAAAUUUUUUGGUAUCAUUAUUACUCACUGUGGUUCUUAAUCUAAGUGAAAGAUGGCCGCCAGUGUAUACCCCAGAUAGACUGACACUUAACUUUAUCAUAGAGAGUUCUGCCAGGGUUUCUGUGAGACAGUGUCAAACAUGAGUGAGUAACAUUGUUUAUUUCUAGAAGAAAUAAAGCUCCCCUUAAAUAAUGAAACCCAUUCACAAUUUUUUUCAGUUUCUUGCCAAUAAAUGGUAAGCCUUCCAAAGAACCUACCAUUGUAGUUUUCGUAGGCAGCUAUUCUUGUAUGCUGUGUGCCUCGUAUCAACUCAGUAAAGAACAUACAGCCGAUGCUAUGGAUUUACCUGGAUCUUGUCCAUUAAAGAUAAUUGUUAAUUUAAGACAUUGUUACCUCAAAUAGUAAGAGGAAAUAUACUUACAUUAAUUAAUUUUACCAUUUGUUAUCAUUACUUCAUAGUUGUGGCAGCGAUGUUGUCAGCGAAGACCUCGACGACACAUUGACAUACAAUUGUACCGAUGGCGACAAAUAUGAAAUGUUCUCACUCAAAACUUACCGGUAUUUUGGGGCAGAAGCCGGAGCUUAUGUUUACAUCCACUGCGAUUUCAGAGUUUGCUUGGCAAAUGUAGUCAAUACCAAAUGUCGAUGUCCAGAUAAUGCUACCUCUUCCGUAGGUUAUCCUUCCAUGGAUGUUACACAAGCACAGAUGCGUAGACGUCGUUCAAUCUCCGAUUCCGUGGAUGAGUCACAGCUUUAUCAUGUUGUCUACGGUCCAUUAACCUUUAAGCAGGAAGAACUUAACAAAGAUGAAGUUGCAUCUGAAGACCAAGAGGAGACCAGCCAGUCUUUCCAGAUGGUAGCAAUUGUUGGAGCAGUAUGUGGUGUUGUAGCUGUAGCUGUCAUCUGCACUACUGUCUACCUUGUCAUUCGCUAUCGCAACAAACGCUUGCAAAAUGGAGAUCUGCAGGUGAUCACCUAAACUGCAAACACCAUUAAGCUGUAUUGUGCAAACGCAGGAAUGUUAUGCUUUUUGAAUUUACCAAGAAAUACUAAAUGAAUGAUGUGCCUUAUGAAGCAACUAGUAGUUUAGCAAGAUUUAGUUGAGUUGCGGAUGUUGAUUUAGACAUAAAAAUUUCGCUUUUUUUAAACGAAUAAAUGAUGAAUCGGCUUUUUUCUUCAGAGUAUGGUGGGAAUCAAUAGAACUUCAAAGUCAAUCGGAUUUUUAUCUUAUCUUUAGUGUUAAGGUUGAUUUCGUUAGCUAUAACAGUGAAAUCGUUGUACGCCUAUAUUUGCCAGUCAUUCUUCAUUCAGAUAAUUAUAAACGACCCUUCGUUUUAGUCUCACAUUGUAUCAACUUUUCAAAACUUGCUCACAAGCCUAACAGACAACGUUAAGUUUACACA